AUGGAUAUGAUGGAGUGUGCAGGGGAUGGAGAGUGUUGGUAUCUUCUGUGGCACACUGGUGAUAACACCCUCUGCCAGUGGUGUGCUGUAACAUCACGUGGCGUCGCGCUAAAGCUUUUUGAUGCACCCUUCCCUCCACCCGACACAUUCCCCCCAAAAUUGGGGAUCUGUUGCCUCCUAAAGGUCCUCAGCGGCGCCUUCCUUCCUUCCUCCACCUCCACCUCCACCACCACCUCCACCCCUUCUUCCCUGCACCGACGCGCGGCCACAGAAGCUGCAGCCACGUCGCUCACCACGUCUAUCAAAUGCUGCCAGAACCGAUGCCGGGUGCAACUAAAGAGGGAGACGCGUCAUUCAAACAGAACAAUGGACACCAGUUCACAAUGGUCAACGCAUAAGCGGAAUCUGUGGAGUGCAGACAGAAGCCCAGUCACACAGAAACACACACACUCCCCAUCUGCAGGCCUGCGUCUGAACUUGCAGGACAGCAGGUCAGAGGAGACACACACCACCUCCCGCUCUGAAGGUCAGAGGUCACAGAGUGGGUCAGAAUGGGGGCUCCAUCACUCCAGAAUUACAGCAGGAAGAGGAGGAGGAGGAGGCAGUGGAGGAGGAAAAGAGAAGCAGAGUGGGUGGAAGGAUGGAAGGAGAGAAGGAUAGAAGCCGUUCGAGGAGGUGGUUCGAAGCGGGUGAACCCAGAGCAGGUGAACACAGCUGUGGAUCGCCAUGGGCUCUCUGGCUGCCUUCCUCCUGUGGCCCCGGCGCUGCAUAUAGGGGUCCUGGGGAGCCGGCAGGGGCCAGCCAAAGCUGCGGCAGAGUGGGCAGGCUAGGCCAGCCAAGCCAGGAGAGAGGCAGGUGAGGCGGGUGAGCCGAGCUCUCAUCCCCGCCGGCUAGGAGCCUCCGCGGCAGAGCGGAGCAGCGCGGAGCAGCAGAAAUCAAUACAGAGGAGAGAGGCUAGCAGAGGUUGCCCAGCACCGCCUGCAGGCCUCGGAGCCCAGGGACCAACCACCACCACUGCUCCCAGCUCCUCUCUCCAUCUCUCUUUCUAUCUUUCUCCAACAGUCCCAGCAUCAGCCAGGGCCAGGGCCCUAACCCUGCAACCGCCCCACACGCAGUGUGUGUGUCAGUAGGUGCACAUGUGUGUGUAAAAUAGAGAGAAAAAGGGAGAGGGAAGAGACAGAGAGAGAGAGUCUUUGUGUGUGGUUCCGCCGGAGGGGUUUUUGCUGCGUCCAACACCACUUGAUAAAACUUUGUCAGAGAGACACGGAGACAGCGAGGGAGGGAGAGAAACGGAAGAAGAAUAAGACAGGACGUCGAAGGUCGCUUUUCUUCCAGCUCCCUUCCUCUUAUUACUCAUUCCACCUUAACUGUUUGAUAUGGAUCCAUCGGAGACGGUACACAGGACGUUUCUGCUCAGUCCCACUUCCAAGCACGUAGCACACAAUAUUCUUAAGAUCUCAUGAGCCAGGAUGAAAGGACAAUUUGAACUUUUUCUCUCAUCCACCGUAUCAGACACAACCUGUCUUUUCGCCUUAGAUUUUCUUACCCUCACUACAGCAGCUCCCAUCAGAGGAUAUGGCAGUGCAGUAUUGAUCUAUAAGGUGGAAGAGAGGAAGGCGUGCCUGGGCUUUCAUACCUCUCUCUCUAUGUGUGUGGAAAUAGCACCUGAAGUCCACUUACUGCUGUGCAGCAGGGAUCCCAUGGCAGCCCAAGUGAAUGGCUGCUAAUUGAAUGAGAGAUGAAAAGGACAGUAGUUGUAGCUGCUCAGUGCCCCCCACCACCCCCCACUUCUGUCUGUUACUAGUUGGUUUUUCAUCUGACUUUU